AUGCUGCGCGGCGUCCAGGUUGACCCCAAUAAGGAGCGUCGCGAGGCCGUGAAGCGGAAGAUAACGCAGUACCUGAGGCGCGCGGAGGAGAUCUUCAACUGCCACCUCCAGCGGAGCCUGGGGAGCGGCAGCCCCGCGGACACGGGUUACAGCAGCCUGCGCUUCCGGCCAAUCAGGACACUAAGCUCAGCAGUGGAGAACCUGAGACGGUGUAAGGUUGUGGGAGUGAUUGAUAAGGUGCAGAUAGUCCAAGAUCCAGACACUGGUGGGACUUUUAUACUUAAGAGCCUCCCCAAAUCCUAUGUUGAGGCUCGUGAGCGGCAGACCAUCAUUCCUCAUGGAGUCCCCUUCAUGGUCAAGCUGCUGUGCUACUACGUGAGUGAGGACUCCAUCUUCCUCCACCUGGAGCAUGUGCAGGGAGAGAUGCUGUGGUCUCACCUCCGCUCCAAGUACUGUGUCCAGCAGGGUUCCUCUGAUGGCUCUGGCUCCCUGCCUUCCAAGCACAUUCCAUCCCUGAGGGACUGUGGCAGAGAGGAGACAGAGGAAAGCUCCUGUGGGAGCAACAGAGACUGCCUCUGCUCUGCUCAGACCGGCAGGGGCCCCCUGGGCUCUGCAAAGCGUCGCCUCUUGGGAAAGCCUGACCCCUCCGCCCCUCGGGAGGAGCCCCCUGCCAGCGUCCGGCGUCCAGCUCUGCCCGGCGUCAUGGACCGUGUUCCAGCAGCAUCAACCAAGGCCUCCAGCCACCCCAGCGACCAGGGCCUGGCCCCGUGCCCCUGUGACUCUCUAACCAGCAGCGAGGGUGAAGACACUGUGUCACAGAGGGCAGCCUCCCAGCAGGAUCCCAGGCUGUUUGCUGGCCAAGGGCUUCCCCGUAUGCCCAAGACGGGGAUAGGAGGCUGUCCAGGAAAGGAGGAGGCUCCGUUUUGUCAAGUGUCGGAAGCGCCCUGGGCUCAGUCGCUCGUGGCUGCCCCGGGAGGGAAGCAGCUCUGUGCAGGAAUUGCCAGGCGCAGUUCAGGCAGGCCUGACGCCGCGGUGCAGGAGCCUGCGUGCAGGGCGAGCAUGGCCGGUGGCCCUCAUGGAGAGGAGCCAGUGUCUGCGCAGUGCAGGUCUCUGGCUCCCUGUGGCCAUACCCAGAGAGCCUGGGCUGUGAAGGAGGAGCAGGUCCAGCUGUGGGCGGCUGAAAUCCUCUUGGCCUUGGAGGGACUUCACCAGCAGGGUGUAUUGUGCCGGGACCUCAACCCCAGGAACGUGCUACUUGAUACGGCUGGUCACGUCCGCCUCACCUUCUUCGGCCAGUGGGCAGAGGUGGAGCCGCGGUGCAGCAGCCGGGCGCUGGAGGAGCUCUACGGCGCCCCAGAGGUGGGGGGUGUUUCUGAGCUGACGGAAGCUGCUGACUGCUGGAGCUUUGGGUCUCUGCUGUAUGAGCUGCUGACAGGAGUGCCCCUGUCCCAAAACCACCCUUCAGGGAUUCAACCUCACACCCAGCUGUACCUGCCCGAGGGCCUCAGCCUGGCAGCUGUGUCACUGCUCACCGAGCUCCUGCAGCACAGCCCGAGGCGGCGCUUGGGCUCAGGAGGAGGUGGAAUUGCGAAGCUCAAGUCCCAUUCCUUC